UGGAGCCGUGGCGGCUGCGAUGCUGCCGAGCGGAGCGAAGAUGGCGGCGGCCGAGGGCGGCUCGGGCUCCCGGUGCCCGUUGCUCUGAGGGGGGUUGGGCAGCGCGGCCGCGGAGCAGGGCGAAGGGCCCCGGCUCCUGCCUUUACCCGGGCCCGGCAGGGAGCGAGGCGGCGGCGGGGAGCUGUGGAGUGGAAUGCCAUGGCCAGUUCCUCAGACAGCGAAGAUGACAGUUUCAUGGCUGUGGACCCAGAAGAAGCAGUGGUGGAAGGACCAAUGGAGCAAGACGAUGAGCCACGUCCUGAGCUGGAGGUUGAGGAGACCAGGCAUAACCGAUCGAUGUUGGAGCUGCCAGAAGAGGUUUUAGAAUACAUCCUGUCCUUCCUCUCACCAUACCAGGAGCACAAAACCGCUGCCCUUGUCUGCAAACAGUGGUAUCGCCUCAUCAAAGGUGUGGCACAUCAGUGUUAUCAUGGCUUUAUCAAGGCGGUCCAAGAAGGAAAUAUUCAGUGGGAGAGUCGCACGUAUCCCUAUCCUGGAACCCCAAUUACACAGCGCUUCUCACACAGUGCAUGUUACUAUGAUGCUAAUCAGUCAAUGUAUGUGUUUGGUGGCUGCACCCAGAGCAGUUGCAAUGCUGCAUUCAAUGACCUCUGGAGACUUGACCUCAACAGCAAAGAGUGGAUCCGGCCUCUGGCAUCAGGUUCUUAUCCAUCACCUAAGGCUGGGGCCACUUUAGUGGUGUAUAAGGACUUGCUUGUUCUGUUUGGUGGGUGGACGCGGCCAAGCCCCUACCCUCUGCACCAGCCGGAGAGGUUCUUUGAUGAAAUACAUACCUACUCGCCUUCCAAAAAUUGGUGGAACUGCAUAGUGACAACGCACGGCCCCCCUCCCAUGGCAGGCCAUUCCUCUUGUGUAAUAGACGACAAAAUGAUUGUCUUCGGAGGUUCCCUAGGAUCUCGGCAAAUGAGUAAUGACAUCUGGAUUCUGGAUCUCGAGCAGUGGGCUUGGUCCAAGCCAAACAUCUCUGGGCCUACCCCUCACCCGCGUGGCGGCCAGUCUCAGAUCAUAAUAGAUGAUGAAACCAUUUUAAUCCUUGGUGGUUGUGGCGGUCCAAAUGCACUGUUUAAGGAUGCCUGGCUACUGCACAUGCGCACCAGCCCCUGGACAUGGCAGCCAUUGAAAGUGGAAAACGAAGACCAUGGAGCCCCUGAACUAUGGUGCCAUCCCGCGUGCAGGGUGGGACAGUGCGUUGUGGUCUUCAGCCAGGCUCCCAGCGGGAGAGCUCCACUCAGCCCCAGCUUGAACUCUCGCCCAUCUCCUAUCAGUGCCACGCCGCCAGCCCUGGUUCCUGAAACACGGGAAUACCGCUCUCAGUCUCCAGUCAGGAAUGCCGAUGAAGCUCCUUGUGUGAAUGGCCGCUGGGGCACCCUGAGACCCAGAGCACAAAGACAGACACCAUCAGGCUCCCGGGAAGGGAGCCUGUCCCCAUCCAGAGGAGAUGGGUCACCUGUACUGAACGGUGGGAGUUUAUCCCCUGGAGCCGCAGCAGUGGGGGGUGCUUCAUUGGACAGUCCUGUACAGGCCAUAUCGCCCAGCACGCCUUCUGCUGCUGAAGGAUAUGACCUGAAAAUUGGACUUUCCCCGGCGCCGAGACGAGGAUCGCUACCAGAUCAGAAAGAUCUACGCUUAGGGUCUGUAGAUUUGAAUUGGGAUCAGAAACCAGGUUCCGUUAGCUGUCAAAUGGAUGCUGUGGACAAUAGGACAGUUGGUGGAAGCAUGAGAAAUCCCCCAGAGCAGACCAAUGGAAUCCAUACCCCACCUCAUGUCACUAGCUCCCUUCCAGGGGCGGUGUCACCAGGCGCCCUCCGCAGAAGCCUGGAGGCUGUCAAGGCCCUGUCUUCCAAAGGGGCAUCCGGUUCAGCAGCAUUAAGUCCUCCUUUAGUGUCUUCACCAGGAUCUCCUGGUAGCCAGAGUGGGAGCAGUGCCGAGGUGGCACCAGCACCACGUCCAGGCUCUGCCCAAGGGGACAGCCACUCCUUACCUCCCAUCGCUCGUCGCUUGGGCCACCAUCCACCGCAGUCUCUGAAUGUCGGCAAGCCUUUGUAUCAAAGCAUGAACUGCAAACCCAUGCAGAUGUAUGUGCUGGACAUUAAAGACACCAAGGAGAAAGGGCAAGUCAAAUGGAAAGUGUUUAAUAGCAGUUCCGUGGUGGGGCCACCAGAGACCAGCCUACACACCGUAGUGCAAGGCAGGGGGGAACUGAUCAUAUUCGGUGGCCUCAUGGACAAGAAACAGAACGUGAAGUACUAUCCCAAAACAAACGCCUUGUACUUUGUGCGAGCAAAAAGAUAAUGUGGCAGAAGCUGUUCGACCCCUGCCCUCCUGCCCCACCCCCUUUCCGUGGCUUUCUUUUUUUAACCCUUCCUCUGUCACGCAGGCAUUUAAACUGUGAACUAGGGAACGACAAACCAAUAAAAGCCAAACACAAUUGCA